AUGGGCCCUGAAUCCCAUGAUGGAGCUUCAAAUCUACCCCAGGCUCAUCCGGAACAUUCUCUGGAAGAUUCAUCUGUUCUCCAAGGGAUUCAUGUUAACCCGGAUACUAAGAAAUUGGUGCUUCCUCCGUUAACUGGUUUAACGAAAUCAAUAAGCUCUUUGGGUUCUUGUUCCAUAGAUUCUAGAAGUGGUUCAACUUCUCGAGGUGCAACAAUAGCUGUACCUGAUGAUGUUGUUAAUGUCGACAAAUCUCUAGCUGAAUCUCCAAAUACAACUUCAACUCUUGCAUCGUUACCUAGUGUCACCAAUACAAGUGAAACUGUCACUUCAAGUGCAAGUCCUAGAGCCAUUACAUGUGAUACCAAGCAGUUUCCAGAUGUUGCGCAGAAACUGACGACGUCUGGGCCUACUCCUCCUGAAAGUUCAUCUCCUCGUGAUAAUAAUACAACUCCCCAAACAACAAUUGCAAGUACAUCUACAACAGCUACCAGUGAACAUAAUACUGAAGUAAAAAAAUGUAGCUUUAAUAGCAUGGUUUCAAAGGUUUUGGGUAUGGAAGCUAAUGAACUGCUUCAUUGGCCAUGUACUUCAGAAACUUUAAAUGAACUUCUUCGAUUGAAAAUAGAACAGGAAAGAACAAAACAAGAACAAUUGAGAGGUGAACACAGUAAAGUAACAGUUGACUUUUUAAAGCUUGCACAAUCAUUAAACUUACCAAUGGAAUUGAUUUCCUAUAUGAUAUCUCCUGCCAAUGGAGUUGAAGAAAAUCGAUAUCAAGCUACUCAUAGUGAACCUCAAGAUGUGUUUUCUAAAUUGAGAUCACGUUUGACUGAGUUGGAAACCUAUUAUUCGGCUAAUGGGAAUCGUCUCAAGAGGAAACACGGUGAUGGUCAUGGUUACCUACAUCAUGAUACCGCUGACACUUUACGAAGUCAUUUCAUCUCGCCUUUAAGGUCUCCAGAUUCUCUGCCCCAUACCAUGCAUCGACGGAUAUUGUCAGAAAGCAGUGAAAACUCUGCUACCCAUGCCUCAGGAAGCAAUGAUGAUAGAGGGUCUCCACAACAGCAAGUCACUAAAGCAAUUCCUAGCUCUGGUCUGCCAUCUACCCAACCUCCUCAAACAGAGGGGGAUUUACAACAGCAUCAUCAUGCUAAAGGUGUGAUAAUUCUGCAUCCUUCGCAACUGCAACAACAGCAUGUUCCAGGUUAUCCCUAUCCGCCAUACCCCAUGUAUUACCAAGGACCUCCACCUCCUCCCAUUCAUGUUCCACCAGGAACUUCUAAUGAAACCAUGGGAAGUUCUUCCAAAGAUAAUUCGUCUAAUUAUGGACAUAAUUAUCCUGGAGCAGCUCUAUACCCUGGAGGUCCCUACGGAAUACCCUCAGCUUCCAACCCCAAUCCUCAUCAGUCACAAUAUUAUCCCCAACAACAACAACAACAACAACAACAACAGCCGUUAUCUUACUUUGUUCAAGGGAACCAAGUGGUUUGUGUACCAGAUCAACAGGAACCACACAUUAUUAGACGAAGUUCCAGUUCCCUCCAGCCUUUACCAAAGAAAGUGAAGCAUUCCCAUAAAAAUAACAACAUAAACUUUAUGAUCACAACACCUAAGAACCCUCCGGCAAGGAAGUACAAUAAUCCAAAGAACUCUUCUACUUGA